AUGAAGCUCUCACUCGCAUUGACUACAGCCACCUUGGUGGCUGGUGCUCUUGCAGCCCCCCGGUCUGGCUUAGCCCGCCGCCUUGAGGCUCGCGGCAUCUUGGGCCGCCGAUCCGUUCCGCCUUCCAAGAUGGAAACACUUGUUGGAGAAAAUGGUGUCCUCGUCAAGUCCGACGACGGCAGUGCAGAGGUCCAAUACAGUAAAAACUGGGCCGGUGUCGUUCGUGAGCAGCCUCCAGCUGCGAGCGCGACAUAUACCCAGGUCUCAGCCACAUUCACUGUACCCCUUCCGACUGCUACCGACUACAGUGGUGAUAUCCAAGCAGCCUCUGCCUGGGUCGGCAUCGACGGUGAUACAUACACCAAUGCCAUUCUCCAGACAGGAGUCGACGCAUAUGUCAACUCCAACGGCGAGAGGGCCUACGACGCGUGGUACGAGUGGUACCCCAAUGCCGCCGAGAACUUCGCCAUCGAUCUGACUGCUGGCGAUGUCAUUGUGGCCACCGUCAAAUCUACCUCCCCAAGCAAGGGUGUUGCUAUCAUCGAAAACAAGUCUACCGGUCAGAGCGUCACUAAAUCCAUGUCCGCGCCAUCAAGCAGUACUACACUCGGAGGGCAGAAUGCGGAAUGGAUCGUCGAAGACUUCAACUCUGGCUCGACCAUGGUCCCUUUCGCCAACUUUGGCCAGAUCGACUUCACUGGAGCCCGAGCCAAGACCUCGCAGGGCGAUCUUGGUGUCCAGAAUGCAACUGUCUUGGAGAUUGAACAGAAUGGCGCUGUCCUCGCAAAAGUGGAUGUCAAGAGCGACUCUGAAUUUACCGUGACCUACAAGUGA